GGGAGGUCAGAUGUCAUGUUUUUGGAUGGGCUACAAUUUCUGCCCGGUUGAUUCAGCCGCUGUUUGUAGUCGCUUUUUCUCAACCGCCUCAAUCAAUGCUGCGUUAGAACCAAUUAUAUAGCAUUUUGUAAAUCCGGGCGGCGCCAAAUCUGACCACAAAGCGAUGCUGGGCGGUAUUUUUAGCGGAAAAAGCGCCACCUCCGUGGGAAAGUGCUGAACCACACCCCUGCCUGCCGUGCACUUGUUCCCAGACACCCUGUCUGGCCUGCACCGUUAGAACGUUUACCGCUCGCUGAGUGACAAGAGCCGCGAGUUGGACGGUUGCCGAGGUUUUUACCUGCAGGGAAGCGGAGGGAACGACAUGAAUCGGUGCGAACAUGUCUGACGAAGAGAUACCGGAACACGAGAGGAAGAUUGUGACAGAGUUUUGCUACCUGCUGGAUAAGUCUAAACAACUCUUCAACGGACUCAGAGAUUUACCCCAGUAUGGGCAGCGCCAGUGGCAGGCAUACUUCGGCAGAACGUUCGAUGUCUACACCAAACUGUGGAAAUUUCAGCAACAAAACAGACAAGUCCUGGAUACCAGAUAUGGGCUGAAGAGAUGGCAGAUCGGAGAGAUCGCUUCCAAGAUAGGCCAGUUGUACUACCAUUACUACCUCCGGACCAGUGAAACCAACUAUCUCCACGAGUCCUUCUCCUUCUACUCUGCCAUCCGCAUGCGGGCGUACUACUCCAAGGCCAACAAGGAAGACAAGCCAGAUCUGAUGGUGAAGAAGUUGAGAUAUUACGCCAGAUUCAUCGUCGUCUGUCUGCUACUCAACAAGACUCAUCUGGUCAGGGACCUGGUUAGGGAGCUGUCCAAGCAAAUCCAAGACUAUGGGAGCACAUACGACCCUGGUGACCAGUUGGAGUGGUCACUGGUGCUGGGGGAGGUCCAGGCUUUUCUGGACGCCGAGCCGCUGGUCAUCCUGGACACAGAGUCGUCCCCGGUCACAAUAUCCCAGCGCCUGCAGAAGGACACCGUGCCGCCGCUGGAACCAGGCACUGAAGUCAGGCUGUCUCUACAGGAGGUCAUCAUUGUGGGCAACAGGAAGGACCAGGUGAAGUUUAGUGAGCUGACAGUGGACAUGUUCAGGAUGCUGCAGACAUUGGAGCGGGAGCCAGAGGGCCUCGAUGCAACGGAGCAGGCAGCUAAUGGUGCUCAACCAGAGAAGGAAGGGGAAACAGGGGAGAGUGAAGACAAUGCCCCAGGAAAGAGAGAGAACCCACACAAGUACCUUCUGUACAAACCCACAUUCAGUCAACUCUACACUUUCCUGGCUUCAGGAUUCAAGGAGCUGCCCCCUGAUGGAGUUAUGCUGGUGUAUCUGUCUUCUACUGGGUCCACAGGCUGCUCUAAACCAGAGGAUGAAGGUGCAUAUGACUAUGGCGGGGUGCUGACCAAUAGCAGGAAGGAGGGGGAGGAGCUUAUGAAGAAGUCAAAGCUGCUGAAGGACAUGCACUGUCUCCACCCCGGUGACCUGUACCCCUUCACAAGGAAACCUCUGUUCCUGGUGGUGGACAGUGAGAACAGUGAAGUGUUCAAGAACAUGCCCAACCUGUUUGGCCAGCCUCGGGUGUGUCUGCUCUCUCCUGUUGCUGUUCCUACGGAUGUUGUAGAUGAGAUAGCGAAGGGCAGCCUGUUUACCCUGUUCCUACACUGCCCCCUGACCGGCCUCCUCACCAUCUGUAAGCUGUCGGACAUUCCCAUUGCAUCCUGGGAGCGUGCCCAGAGGCAGGUGGGGAGGAUCCUGGAGGAGAUCGCCAGACUGCUGAUGGGCUGCAGGAACGUGGACGGGAUGUAUCUCCAGUUCUAUGGAGAUGAGUUUCUGCGGCUGCUGCUGCUGCGGUUUGUGUUCUGUUACUGCGUCUUCAGACUGCACAGGGCCUUCAAGGGCCCUGCGUACUACCCCCAGUGUCACCCUGAGCUGCCGAAGAACGAGGUUCUGGAGGCUCUGACGGUGCAGAAACAGCUGCUGGACCUGGCCUCCACCCUGGACAUCAGGUCCAUGUUCUACGAGAUAGACGAGUCACUAGAGUAACAGGACAGAGUCGCUACAUUGUGCUACGUAUGUUGAACUGUCUGCUAGGUAACAUAUAUCUGUUGCCAUGGAAAAAGAGAUCUCCAAUGCAACAGCCCUCAGUAUAACGCACUCCUGCAUAUCUAAACUCUAUACCAUGGGGUGCUGCUCUUAAGGUCUCUCAAACAAUGAUGUUUUUCUGUUUUUUAUCUCAAACAGGCAGAUGCUUGUACAUUUGUAACCUGAAAGAUAAAUGUUAAUGGAGGUUAUGUAAAGAAAAAUUUGUCCUAUUGUUUCUAGGACACCUUGUCUUGUAGCAUAUGUUGGGUCCUUCCUGCUUGUUUGAUAGUAGCCCACAUACAGGACAGACUACCAGACACCAUGCCAGUUUGUUGUAGACCAGGGUUUUCUACAAUAUCAGACUACUAUUCCACUGAUCUCACAAGCUUUAGCAUGCUGAAGUGGCUAUCUAUUCUCUGUUAGUCAUGGCUGAGGCAGCACAGAGAAGGUUAAAAUAGGCAAGAAGAGUACUUAUAGUGUUUUAUUUAGCUAGGAUGUUGUUUUAUGUUGUUUGUUGUUUUAUCCAUCUUGCCAGCAACAGUACAUGACAGUACAUGACAGUUUUAAGGAGCUUGUUGCACAUGAAUAGAUGCAAUUGGUUUGGAUUGGAUUUUAGAUAAAGAUUCUGAAUCAUUAAAAUCCAGACAGCUUUGUGACAGUAUACACUGUAGGAUAGCCUUAGUUUGAAACUUUCUUCUUUUGGAAUUUUUUUCAUCUCAUGAUCACACAUUCAUGUGAUACAUACAUGUAUGUGUACAGUACAUCCUUAGCUAAAGACUACACUGAAAGCAUUCAUGUGAGGGGCAUAUAACUCAACAAAUGGGUUUAUGGGUUUAUAUUUCAUUUUGUGUAGUGUAGAAACAGGUUGUCCCCUAGAUAUUUAUCAUCACAAACUUCUUACAUAUAAGACUGUAUUUACAAUGUCAAGCCAUUAUACCCAUAUACCUCUUGCAUGCGGUAAAAAAUUCAAAAAUUCUAGAUCUAAGGUCUGUGGACUUCAAUAAACCAGAUUUGUCCCAUCAAUGUUUAGGUAGUUAGUUCAAGUAUUAACAUUAGUAUUUGACACAGUACGUAGAAUAGAAAAACGUCUGACGUGUUUGCUGUAAGUAUUUGCUGUUGAUAAAAGGUAUUUAUUGCUGUUGUUAAGUACAGUAACUGUUGUACAUAUAGAUAUAUCUAUAUAUAUUGCUGUGUUGCAAAGCCAUGUAUUGCUGUGCCAAACGAACAUUUGUUGCCAAUUCCCUUCCUUUCAACUUGAUGUAUAACAGAUAUCCUCAUAUGAAAAACUAUUAUUAUAGAUGAGAUACUAUGAGUUACUGAUGUCCUAGGAUGCGACAUUUUUCUAAAAAUAGUGUCUUCAUUGGAUAAUUUGCUCCUAUACUGAUUUUUUUUGUCACCUUCAUUGGUUGAUUCCAACUGAAUCUCAUGAAUUUGACCUUUUUGAAGGCCUUUGUAUGCACAGUUACAAGAAUUCCAUGAACUUGGGUUGUUUUGUUGAAAAAGCUAUAUUUUAGACAUGUUUAUUUUCUAUCAUAUGGUUCAUUUCAAGGUUCUAUUGGAAACUUAUAUAAUUAAGGUCAGUUUUACAGCUACAUUUUUAUAUUUUCUAAAAAAAAUGUACUUCCAGUUGUAUUAUUCUUAAGUAUUGUUUACUCAAUGUUGGUUCCUAUAUUUUCAAAGUUUAUUUGAUUAUAUUCAUUAUCAUAUGUGAUGCUAUUUCUGCAUAACUGGCUAUUUCCAUGCAUGUUGUUUGUUACUUUUAGUCUGGAGCUUAUUUUGAAUAAGUUUAAAUUUCACUGCCUGUUUUGUACUUAUAUAUUGUUCUAAUAUAUGUUCUAUUUCAAGUAUGAUUAUUUCUUAUCACAACACAUUUUGUUCAAGUGAGUCCAGGCAUUCCAAUGAUCCAUGUUCUUUAGAACUUGUUCAACCACUGUGUUUCAGCACUGUUUUUUGUAUAUAUGUUUUUACCUUAUAUUUUGCUCAAUCCUUCAUUCAAAAACCCCAUCCAGAAUCUUGUUUCAUGAGUAGUUAGACUUAAUGUAUCUACGAUCUGGCUCUUGAAGUUGUAACAUUGGAGCUGUGUAAUAUACAACUGGUAUCAUCUUGGAACUUUUACUUUUGAUAUAUUGUAUAUGUUUACAUUGAUCUUUGUUCUGGCCUAAACAUUAUAUUUUGGUCAUGCUUUUUGACUACAUUUGUACAAUGUAUUACCAAACAAUAUCAACCUGAUCCAUUACAAGGAAAAUGUUACCCUUUUGUACAAUCUCCUAAGCUUUGCUUAUUGUAAACUGAAAUGGAAACAUUAAAAUAUUGAGUCACCAACA